UCCGUUAAGCUUUCCCCCCUGGCUUCACAGUGAAAGGAGUAGGGAUAUUUACGCGGAGUCCUUCCAUGCCAACGCCGCUCAGAGUUAAACAUUACCUCGAAAUGUUAUUUAGAUAUCCUUAAGCAGGGGUUUCUCAAGGUCUCUUCCUCUUAGGAGUCAGAAUAGACGCGACAUAAAGCUCAGAGCCUUGCAGGAAGAGAGAUGCAUUGCAGCUAGCUUGCUAUUAGCUUUGGCGUCAGCUUCGCGAGCAGCUGUAUCAACGAAGGGACCAAGUACAUCACAUAAGUCACUAUGACAGACAAUGUUAUGAGUAAAGCAGCCACAAUGGAGAUUCCCAUUAACAGUAAUGGCGGCACAGGGGCUUUAGCAGAGGACGACAGCCUUGAACAGGCUGCAAAGCUGCAGUGGAGCUUAGAUGAGAAGGUAGGGAGCUCCAGAGGCACCAGGGAUCUCCAGCAGGUGAUGGUAUCAGGUCCCAACCUUAACGAGACCAGCAUCGUUUCUGGAGGCUACGGAGGAACAGCAGAGGGAAUCAUUCCCACCGGCUCAGUCAAAGGCCCUGCUGUCCACUACAACCCUGACUUUAACAAAAGGAUUCCUGUUACAGGAUUUGGUCCCAACAUGAAUCACAGCACGAGCAGCUCUUCAAUGACGGCAGAAGAGGCAACACGCGGUGUGGCUGUCGAAAAAUAUGAAGCAGUGAAAAAAUGGGGUUUAAACACUUACAAGUGUACAAAGCAAAUGAUUUCUGAGCGUUUUGGUCGAGGCUCUCGAACUGUGGAUCUGGAGCUGGAGGCGCAGAUAGACGUGCUGAGGGACACGAAAAGGAAAUAUGAAAAUGUGCUGCGACUGGCUAAAGCACUGACCAAUCAUUUUUACAACAUGGUGCAGACGCAGCACGCGCUGGGGGACACUUUCGCCGACCUCAGUCAGAAAUCUCCAGAGCUACGGGAUGAGUUUGGCUACAAUGCAGAGACCCAGAAGCUGCUGUGCAAGAAUGGGGAGACUUUACUUGGUGCCAUUAACUUCUUUGUGUCCAGCAUUAACACGUUAGUCAACAAGACAAUGGAGGACACUCUGAUGACGAUCAGGAUGUAUGAAAACGCCAGACUGGAGUUUGAUGCGUACCGGUCAGACCUUGAGGAGCUGAGUUUGGGUCCGAGGGAUGCAGUGACCAUGGCACGUAUGGAGGCAGCCCAAGAGCAGUUCGAGGUUCAUAAAGAAAAGUAUGAACGCCUUCGUUCAGAUGUUACCAUUAAGCUCAAGUUUCUGGAGGAAAACAAGGUGAAAGUAAUGCAUAAGCAGCUUCUUCUCUUCCAUAAUGCCAUCUCGGCGUACUUUGCUGGCAAUCAGCAGCAGCUGGAGGAAACGCUGAAGCAGUUUAGCAUAAAGCUGAAGCCCCCCGGGGCUGACAAACCCUCUUGGUUAGAAGAGCAGUGAGAGGCCCUGCACCCGCUCUCUGAACCACCUCCACCUUUAACCUUUUAAAACCCCCUAACUUGCAGAGGACCACUACUGAAGGAAAGCAAACUCAUUAAAAUUAGACGAAUGAAGAUAUGAAGAGGUUUUAUUAUUAUUAUUUUUUUUUUUUGGACGGAUGAUUUAUUCAUGAACUUAAUGCUGCAGAGAGUGACGUGGUCAGUUUCAUUAAAAACUGAGGGUGUUUCUGUGCCUCUCUUCCCUUUAUCCACUCUAACUUCUUGUGCUCCUCUUCUUGAGAAACUGCCCCCCCCCCUUCUAACCCACAAUACUCAAUACAACAACAUUUCCUAUCUGGGCACCUAUUUUACAGUGUGUGCUUGUGUUAGUCGUGUUUAUGGUCACCAUCGACUCCUAACUACUCCCAGGGCUUGGAGUCAAUCCAUGGUGUUUGUAACUGAGGCUGCUGUAGAGAAGAAAAUGGCUAAAGUGAUUCAACACAGCUGUAUGACACUACUUUUAACCUUUUAACCCUCAUCACUCUCCCGCUGUGCCUCCGUAUUUAUAAGCAACAGGUAAUCCUCAGUAAAUUAGAAUACCAACCAAAAGCUGAUUAUUUUAAUUCAAAAAGUAAGUUCUUAUAGAUUGACCACACACGGAUACAUUCCUAGGAGUUAUUUAUUUUGAUGAUUAUGUCCAGGUUCUAAAACCCCAUAAAUCAAUGAAUAAUAAAUAAAAAAAAGUCUAAUAAUGAACUUUUUUGUUUUGUUUUUGUAUUUUUUUUCCACCUUGCACAAUAUGAUUUUAAUAAAAACAAUGUUGUGUCUGUUUCACAGCUUAAUUAUCAAAUUACCACAAAUAAAACUUAGAUCCUCUAAAUCUGUGUGCUAAAAAUGUAUAUGGGCUGAGUUUGACGUUUUGAAUUUAAUAACCGAUCUUUUCGAUGAUGUUCCAACUUACUGAGAUAAACCUGCAUUGCUUUAUAUAGAAUAUAAUAUUCAGGAACACAAAUUGUUUCAACACAAACUGAAAACAAGUGUCUUGAGAUUACACUUCAGUGUAAAUUUCAAAUUGUUAUUUCAUUUAAAAUAUUAAAAAUUAAUUACCAUCUUUUUUUUUUUCUCCACCAAAAACUUUAACUCUUUAACAGGAAAAUUGUUCAACUGUGAUUCAGAUAUGCAGCAAUUCUUGAAGGAGCACUGCCACAGCUUUAGAAAGCGCUCGUCUCGUGUUUUAGUUACCCAAGGGGAACAGAGUGAGAUGCAAUUGGAUGCUGACCUUUUUUGCCUUGUUUACAUAGGUAUUUUCUUCUUUUCUUUUUUUUUUACUGAUGGUUUCUACUGUGGAAUAUUCCCAUGUUUUUAUCAUUAGAUCAAGACAAAGUUUGCCUAGAAUCACCUGCUAUUGAAUACUCUUGUAUGAGAAACGAUAGCUUUUUAUGUUUAGAUAUAUUGAUACUUUGAAUGUCUGUCUUUAUGUGGAUGUAACAACUGUGUGGUGUGACAUCAGCAGUCGCAUCCAGUGUCACUAAUUUUAGCGUUUUAAGUAUCAUAUCUUGCUGUUUAGAAGUCUAGAAGUAUAGUUACACUAAAGGCUUUGGAAAAAACAAUCACUGAUGAAGAGUUACCAGAUUGAGCAUAUGUAAUGUGACAUUUUAACAUAUCACUAUUUAUUUUAUUCAAGUGUUGAAAUCAUUAUUUUAUAUUCUAAAAAAUUAUUCAAUUUGUACAUAUGGCAUUUUUAAUGGAAAAUUAUUCAGAUGAAAUGACCAAAUAUAUGAUUAGACCAUUUUAGGAAAUGAAGUUUAAUUUCCGUGUGAAAUUAUUUUUAGAAAAAUUGAAAUAGGCAGCAUUCUUUGGUGAUGAGGGCCUCAUAUCCAUCAGAAAAUGGGUCAUCCCUUCUCCUACUUGUUCUAUAUUUGCAUGGCAGGUAGCAAUCCAGACCUGUAGAUAUGUAUGCUUUCACUAAUGUGUGUCAUUUAAUACAGACAAGGGAUGAUAUAAUUUGCUACGCUAAACUUUCAGAAGCAAAAGCUGGCACACCCAGGGAGAAAAGAAAAUGAGUAGAAAGUUUAUUACAAAAAUAAAAACAGGACUUUUUAUAUAAUGGUUUACUGUCUAGAUCUGACUAACAUGAAGCAAUAUUAAAAUAAUGUGAUCCCUUUUUCUCCCAAACUGCUUUGUUUUGGAUUCCUUACCAGACAUGAAAAAAAGGAAUGGCAAUACGUUUAAUUUAUAUGUUGUUCCAUAUCUUUGAAAAUGGUUGUGUUGUAUGAAUUGUUAAAAAAAAAAAAAAAAAGAAUCAGGUAUUUUCUGAUGAUAAAUGAAGUUGUCAUGGAUACUCUGCCUUGAUCCCUCACUUGCAUUUCAAAAGUCCAACUUCGCCAUACAUGAGCAAAAUUAAAUCUUCACAUUUCCA